GGCCGCUGUUAGCUUGUUGGGAUGUGGUUCUGAAUGUAAAAUGGUUCUGGGCUCGGUUCUGCUUUAAACAUGCCUCUGGUUUCACAGGAAGCGGAGCAACAGACUCUGACGGAGUGUCGGUACCGGUACCCCACAGAGACUCUGAAGGACCUGCGGUUUGUCCGGGCUCGGUUCCGAGACCUGCGGCUGUUUGUGGACUUUUACUGUUUUCCAAACAAGGAGACGAGGAAGCUGCUGCACCUGUCAGGAACGCUCCCUGUCUUCUACCAAGGAAGUGUCUACAACAUCCCAGUGUGCAUCUGGCUGCACGAGACCCACCCGCUGUCACGCCCGCGCUGUGUCGUCUGCCCCUCCGUCGCAAUGGUGAUCAACCCGUCCUGUCCUCACGUAGAUUCCUUCGGGACCGUCAGUGUGGAUGGACUGCGGAAUUGGACUCCUGGUGUGUCCAAUCUGACGCUGCUGCUGUCAGAGAUGAGGCUGGCCUUCCAGAAGGACACGCCUCUUUACGCCAGGACUGGAUCAAGCUCCGCCCCCUGCAGGAGUCAGCUCCUCCUCUUCCUCCGAGAGCCCCGCCCAGAGCCUCGCUCAGGGCCCCGCCCAGAGCCCCGCUCAGGGCCCCGCCCAGGGCCCCGCCCAGAGCCCCGCCCAGAGCCCCGCCCAGAGCCCCGCUCAGGGCCCCGCCCACCUGUCUGAAGCCAGCCAAUGGGAGCAGGACAGCGUCAGGACAUCUUACACUGAGGAGCUGAAAGGGAUCGACUUCGGGGCUCCGCCCUCCUCUGGCGGCGCCAACACCCU